GCAGUUUUUUCUUUUUUUUGCGAGAUUGAAUAAUUGUGUUACGUUUUUAUAUUUAACGAGGGCUAAAAGGAUACAUGUGAUUUCCAUCUGUGAAUGGUUAUCUGUGCCUAAAAAGUGCUUUGAAAUCACGCACUCGUGCAUACUGAAUUAUGUGUGAAAUCUAUUUCGUGUAGCUGCAUGGUCUGUUAAUUAAACGUUGUUGUGUUUUUUCCUCUAAUUGAGCAAACCUCCUGAGCCUGAGAUGUAAAAACUAGAUUUUGCCCCUGGCACACCCCCCAAGAUAAUUAACCAACCAUCACAGCCUACCUUACGAUGUGCUGCAAGUCUGUCUCCUGCUGCACUAUAAUAAUAGAUGGGAAGUGAAACAUGUUAGAGGGGAAGCCAAUGGAGGCUUAUUGAAGCUGUCAGAGAUCACCUCGUCUCUUAAUAGCCUUUUUUUCUGGAUUGGAACGAAUUUACUGAUCAAGUGAGCCAUAAUGUUGACGAGGCUUUUCAGUGACCCAUCAAUGCUCCCCGAUGUGCAGAAAUACUCGGGCUGGGCGGAGGACAGCGAUGAGGAGGAUUCGAAAAUGAAAGAUGAUGAUCAGGACACCCAGGACGACACGGAGGGAUCAGAGCUGAGAGGAAGCAGCCGUACUCACUCCGAGCAUGCCGGGGAAGACGACGAGGACGACGACGAGGUCGAGGAAGAGGAAGACGAGGAAGGGAUAGAGGGGGACAGGCCCAAGAAAAGAGGUCCCAAGAAGCGAAAGAUGACCCCUGCCCGAGUCGAGCGUACCAAGGUGAGGCGGACAAAGGCCAACGCACGGGAGAGGACCCGAAUGCACGACCUGAACUCUGCGCUAGACAAUCUGCGUAAAGUGGUUCCCUGCUACUCCAAAACGCAAAAACUUUCCAAAAUCGAGACACUUCGUCUGGCCAAAAACUAUAUCUGGGCUCUAUCGGAGAUAUUGCGCAAUGGGAAAAGGCCUGACGUUGUGGCCUACGUCCAGACGCUGUGCAAGGGACUCUCCCAGCCCACGACCAACCUGGUAGCGGGGUGCCUGCAGCUAAACUCCCGUAACUUCCUGACCGAGCAACAGUGUCCGGACGGGGGGAGAUACGCUUCCGGCUCCUUCUCCAUGCAUUCAUACCCCUACCAGUGUGCGCGUCUUUCCAGCCCUCAAUGCCAGCCGGGCUCGGGCUCGAACUCGCAUCCACUGAGGACGCACGGCUACUGCUCGACCUACGACUCGGUGUACGGUGGGAGCGGUUCCCCGGAGUACAACAGCCCUGAGUAUGAGGCGCCCCUCAGCCCGCCUCUGUGCGUUAAUGGCAACUUUUCCCUGAAGCACCAAGGCCCUGCGUCGCCCGACAACGAGAAGGGGUACCACUACUCUAUGCAUUACUCCGGCCUGCCUGGCUCCAGACCCACCGGGCCCCACAACCUAGUGUUUGGCUCUUCUGGAGCCCGGAGCGGCAUUCACUCUGAAAACGUCCUGCCUUACCACGACAUGCACUUACAUCACGAACGGGCCCCGGUGUAUGACGAACUGAACGCGUUUUUUCACAAUUAAGAUGAAAAGCCAAUUGUGCGCCACUGCAAUCAACAAUCUAACCACGGCACACUUUUCUUAUAAGCUUACCUGCCAGGAUUCAGGCAUUCUGGAGAGAUGUUUCACUUGUUGUCAUUAGUGUUUUCCUUUUAUUUCUCCCGUCUUUACUAUUUCUUAUGCUAUAGUCAGAGAUGUAGUGGAAGAUCAUCCAACUAAACCACAAUCUGAUUCUGUGCAACAGCUUUUCAAGCUAAAAUAAAUCUCGAAAAGGAAAUUUGCUAAGCAAAUCAUAUUAAGACCUAUGAUGAUAUGGGAUUUUUCAAAAAUGUUAAUGUUUCUUAAAGUGUAAUUUGUGUGUGUAUCGGUGGUUGUUUGCAUUUUGAUGAUUGGAAGUGUACCCACUUAUUUAUUUACCACUACAUCACUGGCUACAGCUACACCUUGACAUUGGCGGUGACUUUCUAUUAUAAAAGAAAACAAUGGACAACAUAAUGCAAAUCGUCUGUACGUGCAAGAUUGGUUUUUGAAAAUAGUGAAAUAUAAUUAAAUGCUGAGUUAAAUGCUGAACUGAUUAAAAAAAAAGUGCUGUUUGUUUUGUGUAAGAAGAGUCUGCAGCAAAUCAAUAAUUUCGCAUCUAUGCAAAAGCCAACGAGACCACAGAGCAAGGCAACAAGGCCAAGAAAGAUACUUCACACACACACACACACACACACACACACACACACACACACACACACACACACACACACACACACACACACACACACACACACACACACACACACACACACACACCGAUUUUGACAAUGGCUGGGAUGGUCAUAUUCGUUUGGCUUCCCAAAAAAUAAAGUCGAAUGAAAUCAGACAUGUAUUUUAUUAUUUUAUUCACUCUUAUUUAUUCAUAUUACCCGUAUUCUUCUUCUUGAGCAAUUGCACCGUAUUUUGGUUUGAAAUCAACAUUUUGGUUCAACAUUUUCGUUUUGAUUUGCAGUGCUAUGUUGCAAUAUGAUUACUAUUAUUAUCAUUAUUAUUAUUAUUAUUAUUAUUAUUAUUGCACGUAUUUAUUGUGUUGUUUAUUUGUAAUUAAUGGUAAUAGUCAAUGGAACUGAAGGGAUCCUAUGUGUUGCUAAGCAUUUUUUCAUAAAAUUCAAGUCAACUUUGUAUCCAACCAACUGUGUGGUAAAAUAAAACAAGAAUAAAGGAGACUGUGCAACUUGAUUCUUUGUCACCUAUCGAAAAUUCUUGGUGUUCUAUGAAUGAGUCAACAUUAACCA